AUGGCGAACCAUAAUGACCAUUUUAAAAAACCCGUCGAUUCUGCUAAAAAAGAAUUGAUGACAAUAAUUAAAAAAAUCGACGGUCUUAAAUUAACAACGCGGGCUGCUAAAUCCUGGAAUAUUUACAAACAAUUACGGGGUACUGUGACAAAGUUUCAUGUUAAACGUAAACACGUUGGAUUUAUUUUUCUUUUGUCGUGGGUUUCUUAUUAUUUUGUUAAAAAUUACAUCAACGGUAUUCAGUACAAAAAGUGUUUAAUUGAGCCACCGGAUUUAUUUCAAAAAAUUUUUCGUCCCGCGGAAGAUUGUUCCAUGUGUCAGAAUAUUCAACAGGUUGAAAAACUCGCAAAUAUUGAUCCUGAUUACUUCGAACAACGUUAUGCGUAUUCGGGAGAACCAGUGGUAAUAACGGACGCGACUGUAGAUUGGUCAGCAUCGAAAUUAUUUUCAUUUUCAUUUUUCAAAUCGCUGUAUCAUGGCCGCGAGGCCAAUUGCCAAUUUUUUCCAUACAAGACCGGAUUCAAAAGUCUCCAAGAUGUUUUCAAUAUGAGUGAAGAUAGAAUUUCAUUAAAACCUGGCUCCGAACCCUGGUACGUUGGUUGGAGUAACUGCGAUGAAAACAUCGGUUCGAUUUUACGGCAACACUACAGUAGACCUUAUUUCCUACCUACAACAGCAGAAAGUGAAAAAACAGAUUGGAUAUUUAUGGGAAGUCCCGGAUAUGGUGCGCCGAUGCACGUCGAUGACGUCGAUCAUCCCUCAUGGCAAGCGCAGUUAAAGGGAUCGAAACUCUGGAUUCUUGAGCCUCCCCGCGAAUGUUAUUACUCAUGUAAAAAAUUACAAGUCGUUGUUGAACCCGGAGAAAUAAUAAUACUGGAUACAAAUCGUUGGUAUCACCAAACAAAAAUAAUUUCCACAGACCUCAGUAUAACAAUAGGUGCCGAGUAUGAUUAA